UGGCGCGGUUUUUUUUUUUUUUUUUUGUCAGUCGUUUCCAACCGGUUAUACUCCGGCACUCCGCGUUCAGUCGGCGUUUGCGAACACACGUAGCAUACACGUACGUCGUCGGUCGAUUUACACAAUAAUAAUACUUAUUAUUUUUUUUUUUUGCUGUAUAUUUAUUUUAUAAAUCCCAUUUACAGGACCCUGCAGGUGUUUAAGACCGCUUGUUUCCCACCCGUCGUCAUGUCUUCAAAACAAGUGAUCAACUUCGGCGCCGGACCGGCCAAAAUUCCUAAACAAGUAAAUAGUUACAUUUUUUACAUUUGCUAUAAUACUGAUAAGACGGCGAUUCCAUUCAAACCGAAAAAACUAUCGCGAUUAAGAGAAGAGGACGUUACACAAUUAGACGUUAUACGUGAAAUAUUGGUAAAAUAAUUAUUAAAUUUUAAUAUUUCACAUACUCAUAUCUCUCUAAAAAAUUAAAAAUAUAAGAAAGUAACACCAACAUUGCACAGAUAAUUUUCUUAUCUCUAAGUUUGAUAAUAGGUCAAUUCACUCUAAUAUUAAAACUAACACCAAAAAGUUGUCUCUGCUAAACGUAAAUUUGCUAUAUCGUAUGCGUUUGUAAUACAAAGAGCACAAAUGUCUGUACAACAUUGUAUAACGUCCUCUUAAUUUUAUUUCUGUGAGAGAACACUUGGGCACACUCUUAAUGCUCUUAUUGUUUUUCGGGGUAUUUGAGCUUAAAUAUUAUUAUUGACUGCAGAAGCUCUUAUGCAACUUUUCAUGCAUAAGCUGUAGACGAAAUAAUUACCUACCUAUAUUUUAUGUAUCUAAAAAAGCCCAUAUUAUACGAUUGAUUUUUAAAAAAAUAUUUCAUUUCCUACAGGUUUUGGAGCAGGUUAGAGACGAACUGUUGGACUGCGGUUGCGGUAUUAGCGUUUUGGAACUCAGUCACCGGUCCUCCGAGUACAUGGUCAUCAACAAUAGAGCCAUCGAUUUAUACAGAGAAUUACUGUAAAUAUUAUAACAUGCACCUAUAAUAAUGUAUCUUGUGAUUAUAAAUUUAACGGUUUUUUUAUGGGACCAGUUUACUUAAUAAGUAGUAGGUACUAUCGUUUAUUAGAAUAUUUACAAUUAUAACGGAGUCCCGUCAGCAAAAUAGUUAAAGAAUCGUAUGCGAAUAUUGAUUUCCGAUUGGUUCCUAUUUCCACGAGAUUUUUCCACAAUUUCGUCUUCAGUAAAUCAUUUCUAUUAUCUAAUUAUAAUUUCUCAUGAUUUAUUCAAGAAAUAUUCGACUCUAUCAAUGAUAUGAAUAGGGAAAGUUUUGGGGCACUAUUUAGUGAAUAAGAAAGUCGAAUUUUGAGUGGCAUUGGUGUAAGUGAAAAGUCGGAAGUUCAUAUCUUGAAUACUAAUGAAAUUUGUACUUAACGAUAAAUUAUUGCAAAUGAAAAAUUAUUCUGAGUGAAUUAUAGUUAAACACGUUUUAAUACAUUUAAAUUGUUAAACUAUAUUAGUUUGUAACUAAAAAAAUAAAUAAUAAUUGUCUAUAUUUCUCGUCUCGACGUUUCGAGCACUAAUAUAAUGGAGCCAAAAGAUUUUUGUCUGCAUAAAUUAGGAAAUAUUAUUUUCAAAAUGUCGUGAUUUCUACGAUUUUAAUUUAAACGGUUAUAAAAAGCUUUUCGAUAUUUUUAAGUAUCAUAGGAAUAACUUAUGAUAAUGAACCUUAAUUUUUGAGCAUUUUUGAGAGGUCAAUUUAAUUCUGUCCACAUAGAAAAGAACAAAAAAAAAAAAAAAAAAAAAAACACUUUUUUCGAUUCUCCAUACAUUUUAAAUGAUUUAUUUAAUUUUAAACUUUCACAAUUAUAGAAUAUACUUAAGGAGAUAACGUGCUCUUGGGUCUUGAAAGUAUAAUGUACUAAGACAUUUACUGUUUAUGACACACUGCAGUAGUGGAUUAGAUUUCCGGCAGUCUGCAAUGGUUUCUAUCUCUAGUAUUCGUGUAUAGAGUAGUGGUUCCUAAACGAUGGUCCCCGGACCUGUCAUAGAUGUUAUGUUAUCAUACAUGUAUUAUAAAGUAAUAAUUAAUAAAAAAUGACCACACAAAAUUUAGGAACUACUGGUUCAAAGAAAGAAAAUCUCCUCACAUUUACUCACAUACUACACAUAAUUUUAGUCUCGAAAUCGUUUGGUCAGUACUUAUAGUAGCAGCAGUCAGCAGCCAGCUGUCUAAUCCAAAUACCUUUCAAAACCAAAAACAUUUGGCAUUCUGAUUGGCCAGAAAUAAAAGGCUAUAAAUCAUUACGUGCGCAUUAAGACAUGAAAUUCAAUAAAAAAAAAAAGCCUUAGGCAUCACAUAUUUGUUUAUAAAUUGUGAUACGUAUAUAAUAGUUAUUUUGUAAUUUAUUAGUUAGAAAAAACUCUAAACAUUUAAAAAAUAUUACAGUAACAUCCCAGAAAACUAUAAAAUAGCUUUGGUACAAGGAGGAGGAACCGGUGCUUUUGCUUCGGUAGCUUUGAACUUAUUGCACAGGGGCGGAAAAGCUGAUUAUAUACUGACAGGUUACUGAUUAUAUACCUCUAAACAUAAUAAUAAUAAUUAUUAUUACUAUUAUUUUUAUACCACGAAGAUGUUUUUCGAUAGGCGUUUGGUCUACAAAAGCAGCUAAAGAAGCGUCGAAGUAUUUAAAUGUAAAUUACGUAUAUCCAAAACCAGAAAAAUUCACCGAUAUACCGGAUCAGUCUACAUGGAAUCUAGACCCAGAAGCUGCGUAUGUAUACUACUGCGAUAACGAAACAGUGAACGGUACGGAAUUUUUCGGAACUAUUCUAUUUUCAUUAAAUAAUUUGUUACGUAAUAUUGAUUUAGGGUAAAAUUUAAAAAAAUAGACACACAAGUCAUAUUUUAUACAAUAACAUGUAUUUUAGAGUAGUAUAAAACAUAAUAACCUAAUAAUAAGUACAGUGAUAUUAUUCUGUAAAUUACCUAUAGCCGAUUUAUAAAUAUAAUUAAUUUAAAUUUCAUAAAGUUUAAUUAUGAUGUAAUAGUUAUACAAAUUUGAUAAUACUUGUAUACAACACUUGUUUAACACAUGAAUUCGAAAUCUAAAAUGUAUUAAUAAGGGGGGACACAAUUAUUCUUGUCGGUAUUUUUAGUAAAUAAUUAUUUUGAAAAAUGGUUUGAACAGGGUGUUAUUUUAAAUGAUUUGAAACAUAUUUUCAAAAGUUUUAUUUUAUAUAGUAUACAGUUUUUAAUGAUACAUUUUUAAACAAAAAUAGUAGAUAAAAUAUUACUAUUAUAGGUAAAAACAUAAAAUUGAUUGUAAUUAAUAGUUUGUAUUAUUUUUUUUUGUAACAUAAGAAUUAAAUCAUUAUUUCCCGUGUUUAAUUAUGUUUUUAAAUAGGUAAUACAAAUAAAUAUAAUGACGUGUUUACAUAAUACUCGUGCAUUUGAUCAAUCAUUUUGGAUUAUCUAACUUUAAUUUAUAUAAAAUGUUUUAUUUCAAAUUAAUUGAGUUUCGUUUAUUUUUAUAGGAGUUGAAUUUCCGUUUAUUCCUGAAACAAAUGGAGUGCCACUGGUGUGUGAUAUGUCAUCCAACAUUAUGACGAGAAAAUUUGACGUGACUAAGGUAAAUAUUACUUCGAUAAUCGUAAUCGAAUACGACUGUCUUCUUCUGUUAUCUAAUGAUGAUAGAUUACAUUUUUGGAUUAGGACACGUAAUCCUAUUAAUUUUGUCAUUUCACUUACAGUUCGGUGUGGUAUUAGCUUGUGCCCAAAAGAACCUAGGUCCCGCGGGUAUUACUGCAAUUAUCGUACGCGAGGAUCUUCUAGGAAAACCAAGUCCUCUUUGCCCACAAGUUUUUGAUUAUACAUUAAUGGUGCAGGAAAAUUCUUUGCUUAAUACACCGCCGACAUUCAUGUGAGUUUGUUAUUUUUGGAUGUAUUUAUUAUUAUUAUUAUUAGUGUUGUAAUAAUAAUCUAAUAAUUUGAUUACGUUCGGACAGCGUUUAUAUUUUCUCACUCGUAUUACAAUGGGUCAAAAAUCAAGGAGGAAUUGAAGCUAUGGAAGCAAAUUCGAAGGCUAAAAGUGAACUUUUAUACAACGUUAUUGAGGAGUCUCAGGGUUUCUAUUCGUGCCCGGUGGCUAAAAAUGCAAGAAGUCGCAUAACCGUGCCGUUCCGCUUAGGCGCAGGAGCGGAAGCUGACAAGCAGUUUCUUAAGGAAGCUCAAGAGUUAGGAUUUUUGCAACUUAAAGGACACAGGUAUUGCACUAAUCAAUAUAAUAUAUUAUAUAUUAUAAUGAGAUUAAUAAUCUUAUGAAUCGUUCGGUUAUUAUUGUAGAUUGGUGGGCGGUGUUCGAGCAGCCAUGUAUAACGCAUUGACAUUGGACGAAUUGAAAAUUUUAGUUGAUUUUAUGACUAAGUUCCAAGAACGUAAUCCGCAAUAUUCAACUUGAACAAGGAUUAAACUAUUCGAUAUACUCAUGGUUAUUUUGUUUUGUUUUUUGUUGUUAUAUAUUUUCAUUUAUGAAAACAGUAAUCUCAUUUUGAAAGUUUGACCGAUGAAAGUUAAUUCGUGUUGACAUGAAGUAAUUGCACACAACAAGAUUACGUUUUCAGUCGUUUUUGUACUUUAAUAGUUCACUCGAAUCUGGGUUUUUGAUUUGCUUUUCACUAAAAAACAAACAAAUUUGCAGUUUGCUGAGUGAAAAGGAUAAAAAAAUAAAGUGGCGGAAGCGAGAAAGAUAGAGUAUGUAUCUCACAUACAGCGGGAGAGAAGGAGAAAGAGAGAGGGCUUUUAGCGAAAUAGGAUAUUUUAUUAUUAUACCGAGGAGGUCGAAAGGAUAAAUCAAUGUCACGGAUGGGUAGCGCCCAGAUAGCGGAAUAAAUUAGUAUUCAGUUCUUCCAGAAACACGAUUUUCAACAGGCCAACACGAGACUAAAUAAUGAAUUUAUAGACUCACUUGAAACCUUGAAACUCACAGGAUAUACUAAAAAUUCUGGAAAGUAUAUUGAUCAACAUUCGGUCUAACUACGUCGAAAACUAGCUUAAGGGGCGUUUUAUGAUAUUAAUAUUUUGAAUAAAAGUAUCGUUUACUUUGUGCUACAGCAGUUAUAUAAUAUACACUAUGAAUAUACCUAGAUAAUAAGUGUGAUUGGUUGGUAAAAUAUUAAUACGAUAAUUAGGUAAUCGUGUUAAUUUGUUUAGAUUGUUUGCAAAAUUGCAGAGGUACCUCUAUUACAAGUCAAAUAUCUUAAAGGUGGUUUAUUGAUAGUAUUUGUAAGUAUAAUAUUUUAAUUGAUUGUAUAAUCAACUAAUUGAAUUAACUAUAGUAUCUUAUGAUACAUUAGAUUAUCCAAAAAAUAUGAAACACAAAUCCGUUAAAAUAUUUUAAUAAUGUAAUCAUAUAAAAUGUAAAGUGAAAAAAUAUAAUCAAGUAAAAACUUUUAAAAUUAUAAUUUUUACGCCUUUAUACUUGUUCAUCUGAUUUCAUAUAAUUCAUACAAAUACAUACAUAAAUUUCAUACAGGGGUUUUUUUUUUAAACGAUGAUACAAAUUGUUUUGUGUUUUAUUAUCAAGAUGUUUUAAAAUUUUUAUUUCUACUUAUAUAGAAAAUUACUGUACAUAAACACUAAUAAAUAAAUAUAAUAAAAAAAAAACCAAAUCGAAAAAAUCGAGAAACGUGUUGUUGUGUAAUUAGGUAUGAACAACAAUUCUUAUUAUUGUUUUUUUUUUUUUUUUUUUUUAAGACAAAUUGUGAAAUAAAAACACGAAAAAAACGAUGUUAGUAGAUUUUUUUAAAAAAAUAAUAUGAAAAUUGAAGAUGCACUACUGCAUUUUAUAGAUAUUUUACUAUUAGAUUGUAAACCAAGCGAGGAAUGUAUUAAUAAUAAUAAUUGGGUUUACUAUGAUGUGUUUAUUUUAUUUUUUUAUCUAUAGAACUUUCCUAUAGAAAUCUUGCUCCGUUUAUAAAUUGUAUAAUAACUUCCUUGUGGAAUUUAUGAUCUAGUUGGCACAUUGAGGAGGGUAAUUUUUGAUUUUUUUUUUGUAAUUUUUAUAAUAAAAAACAACUGGCAAUCUUUUGUAAUAUAUUAAUUCCUUCUGGGUGAUCUUAGCAAAAACGAAAAAAAUACUACUUUUAAUACACUGCUGUACAUUUAGAUUAGAAAAGCAAGACAAUAUUUAUUAUUUUCGCAUAGAACAGUAAAUAUAUUGUAAAAUACAAUAAAACAUAAUAAAACAAAUUAUUCAAUAAUGAAUGAAAUAAUUCCACCUUAAGCAACACAGUAUAUAGAUAUUUAAAACAUCAUGUUAAUCGGAAUAUGCUAAAAGAUAGCACCUGUACCUAUAUCGUGUAAAAUAAACUUAUCAAAUAAUUAUAAUUUUAUUAUUGGUUUAGGUACUUAAAUAAUUUUAAGUAUAAGUUACAUGCUUCAUACAAGAACUUGAAUCGAGGGGCUCUGGUGCAAUGAACUGCUUGCACCGUGGUUUCUAUGGCAUUGUACAGUCUGGUGGGCAUUUAUAGUAUUCUGCAUUUAUGGAUGGUUUUUUAUAUUUAUCGGAAGAUCUGACCCGCGGCGAGUAGGUAUUGAAUUCAGCUGUCGAACUAUAAAACACAGUAACCGACAUUCUUAUAAUUUUUCAUAUUAACUGUUAUUAAAAUUA